AUGGCAACUACCAAUGUAGUUGCAAGUUUAUUGAACAAUGGUGUUCAUGGUGCAGAUGGUCCAAAUGGUCUUCAUGGUGGUAGUGGAGGAUAUGGUGGUGGACGUGGUGGUGAUGGAUCUAGAGGUGCAGAUGGUAAUCAUGGUACACCAUCAGGUAGUAUUGAAGUUUUUUUGGCAACAGAUGGAAUUAAAAAUAUUUUAGUAGAUUAUACAUUAGGACCAACACCAAUUCAUCAUGAAAUUAGAAAAGGAGUUGAACCAUUGGAAUUAGGUAAUCCUCAAACACAUCUCUAUUUAUCAUCUAGAGGAGGAGAUGGUGGUUGCGGUGGUCGUGGUGGUGAUGGUGGUAGUGGUGGUCCUGGUAGCGCAGGUAUGAAUGCCACAAGACAUAGUUCAGGUACAAAUGGUGGACCUGGUGGUAAUGGUGGUAGUGGUGGUAAUGGUGGUAGUGGUGGAUCGUCAGGUAAUGGUAAUGAUAUUACAAUUAGGAAUAAUCAAGAAGAUAUGGAUUUGUUAAUGAUUUUAAAACAAGGAGUUAGUGAUACAGGUCCAGGUAUACCUGGAAAGGGUGGUGAUAAAGGUCAUGGUGGUAGAGGUGGACCAGGAGGACCAGGUGGUAACUCUUAUAGUUGGAGUGAAAGUUAUCAAGUUUCAGAUGGUAGAGGUGGUACAACAACUCAAUAUAGACAUCAUACAAAUCCAGGUGGUAUUAGUGGUCCAAGUGGACAUAGUGGUAGUAAUGGUAUUGAUGGUAAUAAUGGUAUUUCAGGUAUACCAGGAAAAUAUUCAAUUUUAUUAAAUACUCAUGAAUAUGGAGUUGUUAGAUAUGAAGCACCAUAUGAUUUACAUGUUGAAAAGAUAAGAUAUAUAGAUACGAUUGGAUAUAAUAUAAUUGAACCAGAUUCAGAUGUUAGAUUAAGUGUUGAUCAUUUAAAUGUUGGUGGUAUGCCAACACCAUCACAUCAAAAUAUUAUGGCAUAUGUUGGUGAUAAUGGUUGGGUUGAAUGUCCAAUAGAGAAUAGGGUUGCAAUGCAAAGAUGGAUAGUAGAGAAAACCAAAUCAAGUUUACCAAAGGAAAUUAUAUUUCAUAUUAAAGAUUAUCGUCAUGAUAUUAGAGUGUUACCAAGAAAUCCAUUUAUUCAAAGUUCUACAAUGGAUCAUCAAUGUUUAGUGGAUCGUAUCAAUCAAAGCUUUGCAAGAGUAUCAGCUACCAAAUCACCAUUUACCAUUGAAUAUCCAGUUCAGUCAUCGAUUAUCAAAGGUUUAGACUGUGUCACAAUGACAGAUGAGGCACCAUUUACCUAUAGUAUUUGGAAUAAAUCAUUACUAUCGAUUGGUGUUGAGUCGAAUGAGUUUGAUAAAAAAUCACCAAAUCGUGUUUUAUUUACAACUCUUAAAAUUAAUUUAAAUACACGUGGUGGUAAUACAUCAAUUAACGCAACCGAUAUUAUAGUGAGAGAUGUUAAUGGUAAAAUAUUCAAUAAUCCAGAGAAUGGAUUAUAUUCAACCAUUGAAUUAAUUAAUCCACAACAAUUGAAAUUUGCAUCGGCCACAAUGACAUUUGUAAAUCCUGAUAUUAAACCAUACACUCGUGUUUUGGUUGAGUCUUCACUUUAUUUAGGUCAUAUUAAAGACAUGAUCAAUUCACCACAACCAAUCCAAUCUAGACCAUUUGAAAUUCAAUUAUCAGAGGGUUACUUAUCAUCAUUAUUCAAUUGUGACAUUUUAUUAGUGGUUAACAACCAAUCGGAAUACGAUGAAAUCACUCAAUGGAAGUUAUUAGCCCAUCAAUUAGGUUUAACAUUAAAUGUUUGGAAUUCUGGUUUAUAUCAAGGUUUUAUGUUAAAUCAUAGAAAAGCAGAUGGUCGUACACUUCUUCAAGAUUUUAGAUCAAAAACAAUCAUUUAUCUAGAUAAUAACUAUGUAAAGGAUGAAUUGUUAUAUCCAGCCUCUGAGUAUAUUAGAUCAAAAGAAUUUUUAAAUGCUGCCUAUCAUCAUGGUAUUCAUGUUUUAAUGGUUGGUAAAAAUUUCUCAAUCGAGAAUGAAAUCUUCCCAAUUAAUACAUUUGAAAGAGCAACUUUGGUUUAUUAUAAACAACAUAAACAAUUAUUAUACGCUUUAAAACAUAGAAUUCCUUCUGGCACUGGUUGUGGUCAAAUUAUACCACCACAUAUGGCUGUUGAUGAUAAUGGUGAUCUAUCAUUAAAUCUAUUAGUUGAUAAAAAGAAUGAAUAUUUCAUUGUAAUCUUUAGACAAUUAACCCUACUUUCAAUCUUUAAAAAAUCAAAUUCACUCUACCCAAUUAAAACAAUUCAUUUAGAUAGUUUUAAUUUAACUUGUUUAACUCAACCACAUUCUGAAACUAAUGAAAUCAUUACAAUUAAUUUAGAAUUUCAACAUUUAGGUUUUAAAAUUAAUUUUUCACCAUCAAAAGAUAAAAAACUUAAAGAAAAUUCAAUUUCAAAAAUUCAACAAUUUUUUGAAAUUUUACAACAAAUUAAAACUUUAUCACCAAUUAAUAAUAAUAAUAAUAAUAAUAAUAUAAAUAUAAAUGAAAAUAAUAAUAAUAAUAAUUUAAAUGGUUUAAAUGUUUCAGGUGGUGGUGAAAGAAAAAGUGUUGGUCCAAUUUCAACAAUAAUUGAAGAUGAUAAUGAUAUUUAUGGUGGUUAUUUGUAUGUUAAAUUUAAAGCAGAAGGAUCAUAUAAAAAAUAUUAUUUCAAUUUAUUAACAAAUGCAAAGGUAUUACAUCAACGUGAAGAAAAGAGUAAAAAAAAAUCUAACAACAACAAUGUUGCAAUUAAAAUAUUAAAUUUAAAGAGAUUUUCAUUGACAAGAGGUAAUCAAUUUGGUACAGAGAAACAACAUCAUUUACAAACUUUCCAAUUGGUUACACCAGAGACAACUUGGUACUUUAGAACUAGUUCAAAUGAUGAAUAUCAAGAAUGGUUAAGUAGAUUAUCACCAAUGUCAAUUGAAUAUAAUCUAACCUAUUCUGAGCCAUCGUCGGUGGUUAAGGACCAAAUCAUUUUAAAGAAAGAGGAUGCAAGAGGUAUACAUUUAUCACCAAGAACUCCAAUUUUAGAAGAGAAGCAUAUACCAAUCAUUCAAGUUGUUGAUAGAUUUGUCAUUGGAAAACCAAAGGAAAAAGAUUUAAUAAAGUAUGCAGAGAAAUUAUCGGAAAAGUUAAAUUCACGUUUCCCAAAUCAAAGAAAUAUUGUUGUCUAUGAAUUUAAACCAAAACAAACUGACGGCUGGAAGAGAAUGACACUUGGUAAUGUUGAAGUACAUAGAUCACUAGAUAAAAUUCAACCACAUUUUGCAAAACUUAAUAUUGAACAAGAUGUUUAUAUUCAUAGUCCAACAAUGAUUCAAACACCUUCAACCAUUUAUCAUUUCUUUAAAGUUUUAGAUUUUAGAGAGAAAUUAUCCCUAUUGGAUAGUUUAGCAGAAAAUUUAUAUUCAAAUGAUGAAACUUUGAAUUUACUCUCAAAUAUUUCAUCUCAAUCUAAAUUAGGUUUAUUACUCUUAUCAAUUUGUUCAGAUCUUGCUGAAGAACAACAUUGGUUUAGAGAUGGUUCAAAUUGGAGAGAUAAAUUAUCAAUUGAUAAAAUUAAAUUAAAUUUAUUAAAAUUAAAUAUUUUAAAGAAUUUCCAAUUCAAUUCUUAUAAUAAUAGUAAUUCAACAAAUGUUACAACUAGAUUAUCUUUACCAAUUUCAGAUCUUUUAAUUGAAAUUGGUGCUCACUUAAAGAUAAUUCUUUCAAAUUUCCCUAAAAACUUUGCUGAUAAAAUUUGUUUACGUCGUAGAGCUAAUGAUGUUACUGAUGCUUCAAAUUCGCUUUGGAAUGAUAUUGUCAUGAUUCAUCUAUUUGGUAAAGAAUUAAAAGAUGAUAAACCUAUUGGUAAAUCUAAUCCAAAUGAAUCUCAACUUUUAAAAUCAAUUAAAGAAACUGAAUUGAAAAAACAAAAAGAAUGGCAAAAUCAUUUAUUCACUCAACAUGGUUCAACUGGUAGUUGGGGUUACAAUUGUACAAAAGCUGAUCCUUCAAAAAAUAAAAAAGAGAAACGUUGGAUUAAAGGCGCCCAUGUUAUUUUAGCUUAUAGAAAACCACCCUUCACUUCUGUAACAAGUGUUAUCGAUUGUGAAAUCCUUUUACCAACCAUUAUGUCAAAGCAAUCAUUCCUUUCAAACUAUGUUCCUCCAGUUCAAGGUAGUGCAAUCGUUGAAGAAAGAACUAUUUUCGGUAAUAAUCAAGAGGCUCGUCAACAAUUUAUAAAUCGUAUUGCAACUGAGAAACUAGGUUUCGAUAUUAAUAAUACUGAUAGAUCAUCACAUUUAACAGUUUUAGAAAAUUAUUCAACAAUAUUUAAUAAUAAUAAUCAAUCAUUAAUUCCAGUUGUUCAAUUAGAAAAACCAACUGAUUCAAUGACUCAAAUUUUACCAAAUUCUUAUUCUUCAACCGAACCUCUUUCCUCAACCCCUUCUGAUAAUAUUAUUAGUAUAGAUUUAACAAAGAAUUUCCAAUCACCUCCAACUACAACUGAAAAACAAUUUAUUAUUGGUGAUGAUUCAAAUGAUAAUAAUAAUCUAAUUAAUAAUUCUUUUGAACCUUCAAUGGUAAUUCCAUUAUCACAUUCAAAUAAUCAACAACAACAACAACAACAACAAGGAGUUAGUGAACCAUCUUCGCCUGUGAUCAUUGACGGAGCUUCAAAACAUCAAUAUCAAAAUGCUGAAAAUAAUAUUAUUAACAACGACACCACUACCACUACCACCAUUACAGAAACGACUACAUCAACAGUUAAAAUUGAGAAAUUAGAGAAAAAAGAAGAUUUAUCAAACACUUCAUCAUCAUCAACACCAUCAUCAUCAACACCAUCAUCAUCAACAAUUUCUUCACCAUUAUUACAACCAAUCAUUACAGUAAACGAGCAAAAUAUUGAAAUUUCUUUAACAACAGCAACUACAAUAACACCAGUAAUUGAAGAACCAUCACCUUUAACAACACCUUCAUCUUUAUCAUUAUCAAUCUCUUCACCAUUUUUACCUGAAGAAAAUAAUAAUAAUAAUAACAUCAGUAAUAAUACAACAAAAGAAGAUGAUUUAGUAAUUGAAGAACACCACAAUUAA